UCUCAUUGUACAAACGCAGACUAUAAAACCCAUUUCUUGGCUGGAGUUGCCAUCAUAAAUCAGAUGUCAUCGUUCGAUUAAAAAAAAAAAAGAAAAAAAAAACAGCAGAACGUGAAAAAUGGAGGCUCUGGUGUGUGUGAAAUUGGGGGAUCCAGUGGGGAAAAUGGACGAGAAUUCCCCAAUAGUAUUGAGCAAAAACCACCCAAUUCCACAACUGGACUCCCCCACCGCAGUUAGAGUGAGAGUGAAAGCCACAAGCUUGAACUAUGCCAAUUACCUCCAGAUUUUGGGCAAAUACCAAGAAAAGCCUCCCCUGCCUUUCGUCCCUGGCUCCGAUUACUCCGGUAUUGUCGAUGCCGUCGGUCCUAAUGUCUCCAUUUUCAAGGUUGGGGACCGUGUCUGUUCCUUCGCUUCCCUCGGCUCCUUCGCUCAAUUCAUCGUCGCGGAUCAAUCCCAACUGUUUCGAGUGCCAGAGGGAUGUGAUCUGGUGGAGGCCGCUGCACUGCCCGUCGCUUUUGGAACCUCCCAUGUCGCUCUUGUCCACAGAGCUCACUUGACCUCUUCUCAGGUGUUGCUGGUUCUUGGAGCCGCUGGAGGUGUUGGCCUUUCUGCUGUACAAAUUGGCAAGGUUUGUGGUGCCAUUGUUAUUGCCGUUGCUAGGGGAGAUGAAAAGGUAGAGUUUUUGAAGUCAUUGGGAAUAGAUCAUGUGGUGGACUCUAGCAAAGAAAACGUCACUGUGAGUGUCAAGGACUUCCUCAACGCAAGAAAACUUAAAGGUGUAGAUGUUUUGUAUGAUCCUGUUGGAGGCAAGUCCACUAAAGAAGCCUUAAAACUUCUGAAUUGGGGUGCUCAAAUUCUGGUCAUUGGGUUUGCUAGUGGGGAAAUACCUGUCAUCCCAGCAAAUAUUGCUCUGGUUAAGAACUGGACCAUACAUGGACUUUAUUGGGGUAGCCACAGAACACAUCGUCCAGGUUUUCUGGAAGAUUCUUUCGGGGAGCUACUCUCUUGGAUGGAAAAGGGCCUGAUUACUAUCCACAUUUCUCAUAUUUACAGCAUGUCAGAGGCAAGCCUCGCCUUUUGUGCUAUUAGAGAUCGGAAAGCUAUUGGAAAGGUGAUGAUUGCUUUUGAUGAUAAAACAAGUCCAACAUCUAAGCUUUGAUUUAGUCAGGCUUGAGCAGGAAUAGAAUGCAGAAUGUAAUCCUUGGCUCUUGAAUAUCAGAAUCUUGUCCUUACAAUCCUUAGCCACUACAUAAUGUCAUAAUUUGUAGAUUCUAUGAUCAGAUAAAAAAAGAUUGGCAAACAAUAAGGAUACAAGAAAUUGUCAAAUAAAGGAAUCAGUUAAAAUACUGUUAAUAUAAUAAACUGGAACAAAUGAAAAUGCAA